AUGCAAUCUCAAGCCAAUAUCAGCCACGAUCAAAUCCGUAGAAAGGUCUAUUCCAUUAACAGAAAUGUUGAUGUCAACCAUGCCGUUCCACUGACGUACGAUAAUUAUAUUCGUGCUCCAGAAUUGAUUCAAUUCCAAUAUCCAGAAUUUAAAGGCGGCCUCAACCAUCACGAUGAGCAUCUAUUCAUUGUCAUUCAUCAAGGUUUUGAAAUAUGGUUUAAGCAAAUUCUCUUUGAAAUCGACUCUGCUGUUUCGAUCAUGAAAGAUCCAACUCUUUUCGUUGAACAAUUGGCCAUUGAAAGUGUUCAUGAGAAAAUAACAAGGGCUGGUCUCAUCAUGAAGACGAUCAUACCAUUUUUUGAUGUUAUGGAGACCAUGCAUCCAUUAAGCUUUCUUGAGUUUAGGGAUUUUCUUGGUCCUGGAUCUGGUAUGCAAUCCAUUCAAAUGAGAGAGAUUGAAACUACACUUGGUGUUCGUCAUGAAGAUCGUGUUCAUAUUCCAAAAGAAAUGAAAAUGGCUUCUCAGUGCCCUCUCGGUUAUGGAGCAAGCAAUCAUGACGAUGAAAGUGUCAUUGAUGAAAACAUGACUGCUCAAAUGAAAAAGCUCUCUGAAAGAUAUCAUUCAGAAUCCACCACUGUUAAGAGUCUAAUUCAUUCAUGGCUGGAAAAAUGUAUCCAUCCAAUGGUUCCAGAGAAUUUUGAAGAAAAGUUCCUACAAUCAGUAUGUCAAUGUUUCAAAUUCCAAAGAUUGCGUUGGCGUGACACAAAAGAAUGGCAUGACUAUGAUGAAAAGGCCAUGGAAUUAGAAAAGGAAAAGGUCAAAAAUUGGAUCAAUGGAAACACUGCAACAACUUCUCAUCAUGUCUUAGACAAGUGUCCAAUGAUGGCAAUGACUCAGAAUCAAGUUCAAAAUCGUCAUGACAUUGCUGUUACUAAUGAGAAUGGUUCUGCUGAUUCUUCAAAGAAAAGAAGACUCGCCAUUUUGUUUAUCAUGUGCUACAGACACAUUCCAGGAAUUUCACAUUUAUCCAAGCUCAUUGAUAGUCUUCUUUCUUUUGAGGAGCAAUUGUUGCUAUGGAGAAAUAGACACGUCAAACUAGUCGAGAACUAUAUGGGUACCAAGAUUGGAACAGGAGGACUCGGAUUGAAGUAUCUCAACGAUACAUUGGGUAUGAGAAUUUUUGAUGAGCUUUGGCAAGCAAGAUCUUAUUACGUUGCUACUUCUUGGCUUCCGGAAUUAAAGGAAGGAUCCAACCAAACCUUUCAAUUUUGUUGA